AUGGAUAACAAAGUAGUCAAGGACAAAUGGUUUUCAAUGGAAGGGUAUCUCCAGAUGAAAUAUAUGAAUUCAGGUGUGGUUUUGAAUCGAAAUGACGUUUUUUACAGAUGUUGAGUUUCAUUAUUGUUUGUCAUGUCAUGAUGACACAUUUUUUGGAAAUAACGUUUUUAAAAUUUAAAUUUAGUCAAAAAUUUUUAAUUUCAGUUGAGGUACCAAUCAUAAUAUUACUAUUUUCAGCACUAUCAUACUUCAAGUCCCGAAAACGGUACUAUUUUGGAUUGGAAGAAAGUACGGACAGUUUACUGUACUUUAAGGACAAAAUCGAUUUUGAUAAACAUAUCAACUGCCUUGGUACUAUACCGCUAAAUGGUGCUAUAUGUGUACCUGCUCCUACACCAAGGCUUUUUACAUUACAGUAAGCUUCUUAGAGUAGGGUAGGGAAAGUUGGAUAAGGUAACAUAUACUAGGGUACGGCGGGUUAGACAUAGUGUUUUAAGUUUUCAUAUGAUUAACUACAGUAACCUAACUUCAAUGAUUUCUUUGAUUUCAGUGUUGAUGGCAAAAAGUACGAGAUUGAAGGUGAAAAUGGCAAAGCGACGCAAUGUUGGGUGAACGCACUGCAGCGACGUCGCGAGCUUAAGGAUAGUUUAAAUUGGGAACUACCACAUAUUGUAUACAAUUCCAUGAGACGGAAUCGAAGCCGGAGCCGGUCGAUCCAUUCUUUGGUAAAUUUUUUGAUUAGUUUUGAUAAUUAAUAACUUUUUUUGGAUAAUCUUUGUUAAUUUUAGGUAAUAAAUUCGAGUUUUUGGACUAGUUUGCAUGGUAGAUAAGGAUUUUUUAAAUUUUAGGCAACGAAUUUGAAUUUUUAAAAAAUUUUACAUUACAAAUGAUAAGAUUUUUCGGAAUUUUAGGUAAUAAAUUAGAUGUUUUUCUUAAUUUUACGUUAGAAAUGAGGAUUUUUUGAAAUUUUAGGUAAUAAAUUUGGUAUAUUUUUAAUAUUUUGCAUCAGAACUGAGGUUUAUUGGCUAAAAAACUUACUAGCGAUGUUAUCCAUGGUUACCUUUAUAAUUUAGAGCGAUAGUGAAAGUUCCAGCCCAAAACGUCGACCCAAACAGCCGCCAACUAGACGUAAGGUUAUUAAAUGUAAGACUCACACUUGUUUGAAUAUUAAUAUUAUACUUACAAUACCUAACGGGCUGUUUAACUGGGUUUGAAGGGCUUUGAAAAUUUGCACGGUGCAGUUUAAAAAAUUAAAAUUUUUUUUGAAAAAAAGUUUUUUUUAAUUUUUGAAAUUUUGAUUCAUUUUGAGCUAAUUUUCAAUUUAUGCAAAUUUUUUGUAAACCAUAACAUAAGCAAUGACUCACUGACCAUUACUAAUACUGUUUGAUGUAACCCCCACUAAAAUCGACUUAUAUUUAACUUUUACGUUACGAAACCGUCUAUAAAUAGUAAUAUACUUUUUCUGCUUUCAGUGGAGAAUAAUCGUCAGCGCUCACUGCAAACCAGCCUGCCUAGUCCGCCGGCGAACAACUGCUCAAAUUCAAGCGAAUCCCGACUGUCACGCUGCAUAUCCAUGAAUCAGCAGGAGCGCAAAGAAUCCCUAACGAAUGUCCCACCCAAUUUCGAUGUGUCCAGAAGGAACACGCUUCAGGUAGGGGGAGGUUGGCUUGGGGUUGACUUUGGUAUCUUCAAGCUUGACUUGUGGAGAGGGCUGCGAGUGAUUUUAGGGAGGGGGAGGGUUAUUUUUUCGAUAAGUUUAAGGGGGACUAGGUUAAAAGUUUUUUUCACCAUUUAAUGCGGGGGAAGGGGCGAAAAAAACAUUUUUUAUUUACCAAAGGUGGUAGGUGUACCACUUUUUACUACUUCUAUCACUACCGUUAAUCUUAACUUUACUCCUGCUGCUACCUUCACUUCUACCCCCCCCCCCCCCCCCCCCCUCUUUUCCUUCUCCUCCCACUUUUUUUUUCAACCUACAGCUCAUGUUAUAUAUCGUUUAGUAAACAUACCAUGAUAUACCACUAAUUAAAAAAAUUACCAAUCAUCUUUUCUAGCCAGCCCAACUAACCCAAAUCCAAGCCAUGAACAACCGCAAAAAGCCCUCAUGGCUCGAAGAAUGGGUCGAUAAAUGGCUAAACGAACAAAUGGACAAUGGCUUCGUAUCUCGUAAGAUCACACGUCGUCACUCCGAACUACCGAACAUGGACUACCGCCUGAAUCAGAUCCCCGAAUGCAAAAACUCCACAUCGUCAUCAUUAACAUCCGGUCCGGAUAUUGAGGACGAACAUUGUCAUGGUAUGGAUGAUAUGGGCAACUAUGGCAAUUGUGGUAAAGGUUAUGCCAAAAGUGUUGGCGAUCGUGGAAAAAACUUUGGCAAAGGCGGCAACUUGGACAUGAUUGGCAACCAAAGAAACUUGAACAACUUUGACAACAAUUGCAAGGUAAUUGACUUGGAUAAUGUUGGUGAUACGAAACGUGUACAUAAUCAUGGACAGAAUGGCAUGAAUUGUCUUCCAAAUGGAAUAAGUCAAGCUCAAAAUGGGAUAAGUCGUGCUCAGAAUGGCAUAGAUCAGGCUCAGAAUGGCAUAAAUCAAGCUCAAAACGUCAUAAACGACCAAGUUUUUGACAACGACUGUAAAGAAACAAAGAACAACAAUGUCAUGAUCAUGAACAACAAUAUCAUGACUUCAUCAACAGCUACAACGUGUCCCAUGAACUAUGAAACACACGUUGAUUUUCAGCCAAAGCCUGAAAGUUGUAGCGAUUUUUGUCUGGAAACCGACCGAAGCUCGCUACACAGUAGUGGAGCCAGUUUCCCUGAAGUGUACGAUGAGUUGAUAAUGUUGAGGGAAGUGGACAAUCAACAAAAGGCCAGAAUCCAUUCGUUGACGAUGCAGCUGGAGAAAAUGAAGGAGAAACAAUUGUCAAGGUAAGCGUAGUUUUUGAGGUUGGGCAGGGUGAUUGGUGGAUAUGAUGGCUUACGUUUUGGUGAUGUUUUUUGGUCUUUUUUGAAAAACUUUGUUAAAAGAGCAACGUCCAGAUUUUUUUUGUAUUGUUAUUUUACACCUUGAGAUCGAAGAAAGCGGCCGAUUUGGUCAAGAAUCGGCCGAGAAAAGCUAAAUUUAGGUCGGGCCGAGCCUGAAAAUCAAAGCACGGGCCGAAAAAGCCCGGCCUGUUGCCCAUAAAAACAAAUUCGGGUUUGGCCGUCCUGGGGUAAAAAUGAAACUGGCCUUGCCUCAACCGUGGGUCCCGGGCCCGAGACGGUUCUCAAAAGUGGUCUCGGCCCGUUUCUCAUCUUUAGAUUUUUACUGUCAUACCUAUAAAAGUGAGACAAUAUUGACGUUGAGAAGCGUCCCAUAGCGAGGUCAAAUUUGGAUCAAGCCCGCUUUUCCAAAAAUGAAGAUCUGGCUUUGGAGCUUUUGGGGAUUUUUAAUAUAAUUACGUUUUAUUAUCUAAACUCACAAAUAGGGCUUACCUAGGUUUUUUGUACUGUCAUUUUACACCUGUAGACUAAAAAAAACGGUAAAUUUAGUGAAGAAUCGGCCGAGAAAGCUCGAUUUGUCUUUCUAAUCUAGCAAAAACUUGCAUCUUGAGACAAAUUAGUAUAGAGAUCAAGGUCCGUGCAAUAAUUCCCACUUACUAUGCGUUGAUUGUAUUAUAAUCGGCUUAAAUUGUUUAUAACAAGUCUGUUUUUUUUCUGGGUUACGAUAAACAGAACACCACAUCGAUACGGCGUUCUGGUUUUAUAUUAUGUAGACAACGCUGAAUGACGUCGAUUCGUGGUGGUAUCUCGAUCUGGAGAGACGUUAUGUUCGUUACUUUUAAAGGGUUUACAACUAUUGACUUAUGGUUUUGUUAGGGUAUCAUAUGCCGUAAAUAUACUAGGGUAGCUCCAUUUGUUGUAGUUGUACUAGAGCUGUUGUUGAAAAGUAAUAGGGUAUUGCUUGUAGUAGUUGCACUAGUACGUAAGCUUGUUUUGGAGUAUUAUAAAAGUUUUUGUUUUUAGCACGAGCACCAAAGACAUGGAUGAAUCAGCCUUGUUGGAGCAAAAUCGGCUUCUAAAUACCGAGUUGAUUAAACUAAAUGACAGAUGUCGCUUAAUGGAGAAGGAGAUGGAAAUGUGGAGAUCGUAUGUUGUUAUCAAAAUUUUUUAGAGAGGGGGGGGAUGUUUUUAAAAUUUUUUAAAAGAACUUUACUGUACGUCACCUCAGGUGAUUUAAAAAAAUUUUUAUCCUCCUCCCCCGCCCCCCCCCCCCUCUCCAUAAGAAAAAACAAAGACUGUUCGUUUGGUACUACUUAUGAUAGCAUAGAUUCGCUAGGCAUUAUAGUGUAAAAAGGUGUUACAGCGCUCUUAUUUUAGCAAAGUAGAAGACCUCGAAAACAUGACGGAGAACUUCAAACGGGAGUACGUUUAUCUACUACAGAGUUGUGUUCGUAUCCCUUUACAUGAACAUUCCACAUGUGAUGCAAUUCAAGUCAAGCUUUUUGGAGGUGCUGUGGUACGUUACUUGUUAUUACAGCUAUAAGCUUUACGAAGUCUUUUUCUUUACUUUCUUUGUAUUUACGAUACUAUGGGGUCUCUAUAGCACGGUGAUGGUACUAAAGGCAUUUUUAGAGAGUCUGAGGCGUCGCUUCAGUACUGUUUUAUUGGUUACGGUACUGAAUAUUGCUUGAUAGUACUAAGAAUUAUAAUUUAAAAUUUUUAGCACGAAAACAGGGUCAAACAACUGUUAUCUGAAGCCAGACAAGAAGAUCCAAAACUGCCGACAUUAGAAAGGUAGGUAUUGUAUUAACUUUGGGUUACUGUAGCAAAAAUUUGUUUUUUACUUGAAGAAGGCGAAUGAAGAACUAUAAUAUAAGCUGACUUUUUACUGUACUAAAACAUAGUUUAUUACAAUAAAAAUAUACUUUUAAGCUUAUUACGAUAUACAUUUUAGUGUAACAACUCCAGGCAACUACCAUGUAGAUGAUUAUGGUUUCCGUCACACUUUCGAUGAUGUUCCACUGGCUUUACAUUACAUUUGCACACAAUUGAAUUCACAUUACUACGCCCAAUCUGAUGAUUACGCUCGACUGAAGUCAAGGUGGAGAAUAUUAUUGGAUUCGAAUCCGCAGAAAAUCGAAAAUACAGUAAGAUUUUUACAUUUAUUGUGAAAAAAUUUUAAUUUUUUUUGAAUUUUUAGCAUUUAGUAAUCUCUGAUAUAAUUGUAGAAAGUGAAUCGCCAGCUAUGUCGUGCAGGUAUACCAAGAUCAAUGAGGUCAGCAGUAUGGAGAGUGCUGAUAAACCAAGAAGUAGCAGAUUUGAAGGAAAAAUACGGUGAAUACUAUUACCGUAACCUCUGUAGUAGUCAGGGAACACCUUCAGAAAAAAUUGUAAGCAUCUUCAUAUUUUGGCUACCGUAAUAUUGUGCUUAAGCGUUUUUGUAAGAGUUAGGUGAUAGUACUUUAAUUUGAAUUUGCGGUACUAUGUAGUACAGAAAAUAGUACUGUAUAAACACAUUUGUCUUAUACUGUAAAUUUUAUAUUACUUUUUGAUUUUUUGGUUCAAUAUAGUACUACAUAUACUGUACUAUGCGUGAACUUCUUAUAUAUAUGCUAUGCCUGGUACUAUAAUUUCAGUACUGCAACGCCCAUCAAAAGCAAAUAAAUCUGGAUCUCUUGCGCACAAUGCCUUCCAACGUUCAUUUCAUGAGUGCCAGUUGCAAAGGCGUCAACCAUUUACAAGCCGUACUACGCAGCUUUUGUCUCCACAAUCCGAUGUUAGGGUACUGUCAAGGAAUGAAUUUCUUAACGGCCACAGCACUACUGUUCGUUAGUCCUGAAGACGCGUUUUGGUUUUUGAUCGCAGUAACGGAAAGGUUCUUUGACACUUCGUACUUUGAUCAAAAUUUGAGUGGUGCACAGGCAGAUCAGGUAAAAUUUUUUACGACUAGUGAUUUACUGUAAAGUGUACCAGAAGUACCAGAAAAGUUUUUUUAUUUUCUUUAAAGUGAUUUUUACAAAUUUUACAGCAUUUUAAGAAAAAAAUUAUUUUUGGUACUAUUGGUACCAGUAGUACUAAAAAGUGUACCAAACGCGGUUUUAAUAGAUAGUGAUGCUUUUUGAUGUUGAAAAGUCAUUUUUAGGAAGUACUGAAGGAACUUGUUGAAUUGAAGUUUCCAAAAUUGUCAAAACAUCUCGAGGAAUGUGAUAUCGACCUGACUACAGUAACAUUGAACUGGUUUUUGGCUUUGUUUUUCGAUGCUGUACCAUUUCAAGUAAGUCAUUUUUAAAUUUUUUUGAAUUUUAGGUUGAAAAUGAAUAUAGAGUACAAUUUUUUGAACAUGUGCUACAUAGUACGUUGUACACAGUAUUAUUGGUGCUAUAUAGUAUGAUUGGCCAAGUAUGAUUAGGCACCGACAUAAAAACUCGCCAUUUUCUACAAGAAAUUAAAGCCAAAGGAUGGCGGGUUCUUUAUGUCGACACCUAAUACUAUUAGUGCUAUACAGUACGAUGUGCUAAGUAUUAUUAGUAUUAGUAGUACUUUUUCAUAUUGACUACGUAGUAAAAAGAAUUUACUAUUUUAGACAAUGCUACGCAUCUGGGACUGCUUUUUGCUGGAAGGUACCAAAGUGUUAUUCAGGUUUGCUGUUGCUCUAUUAGGACAGUACCAAGAUGAAAUUCUGGAAAGAACUGAUACAAUUGCUGUUAUGAAGGUGCUAAAGGCAGCGGUUAGGCUUACAUAUGAUGUUGAUGGACUUAUCAAGGUACGUUGGGGGUAGUACAAUAUAAUUAAAUAUAUAUUUUUAAAAAUUUGUUUUAGAAAUUAGGUAUUUUUGAAUUUUUAGGUAAAAAAUUUAAUUUUUUUUGAAAUUUUACGUUGGAACUGAAUUUUUUGAUUUUUAGGUAACAAUUUUUUAAAUUUUGCUUUUGAAAUGAGGUAUUCUAGAAUUUUAGGUAACAAAUUUAAUUUUUUAUUAAAAAAAUUUUUGCAUUGAAAAGGACAAAUUUAAAAAAAAUAUUUUUAGUUUGCCUUUGAUGACAUGCAGCCAUUUCCAAGCCGAACAACCUUACACAGUAAACAAGCCGGCUACUUGGAGCUACUACAAGUUCGUCUGAAUCAAAGAAUGGUACUGAGAAAUUGCUUGGAUGUAGUGGUAUGUUUUGUUGCUAUUAUUUUUUUUGUAUUUGGUCGCUUUUUUAGUUAAAAUAUAAAAAGGUUACUAGCCGUAUUUUACAAUUUUAUUCUUUGUUAAAAUUUUGCAAAAACUUUCUUUACAGCACAAAAAUUGGGAAUCACCUUCCUUAUUUAACAAAAAUGGCAAAAACUUUCUUUACAAAACAAAAAGUGGCAAGAACUUUUUUUACAACGCUUAAAUUUUAAAAAUUUACUACGGUAAUCUUCUAGGACAUAUCGGCCGAAACCUCCGAGAAGAUUUGUGAUUUACCGGUCGAAGCCAUCGUGUUCAACGAGCACAAGCCCGGGCAUGGUUAUGUAUGUGCUGGCAAUCAGAAGCGAGGAAAAAUAGCACGAGUGUCAUUGAGCGAUAGUAUUGCGACAAUGUCUACAAUUGACAUUGAAUUCGAUUGUCGACCGGUCUCUAUGGUCAUUUUGAAGGAUGAAAUGGCAUUUUUGUCGCUUUUGUCCGGUUAUAUUGUGGCAUUGAGUUUGGUAGAGAAAAAAGAGUAAGUAUCGUUGGUUUUGACGUAUUUUAGGCUUAGCAGCACACAUUUUAGACUUAUCAUGUAAUGUUUAGGCUUAGCAGCACGCAUUUUAGGCUUAUCAUUACACAUUUCAGGUUUAUUAGGUCAUCUUUAUUCUGUAUAAGUAAUCAUUUUUAGAGAAAUUUUGUGGGAAUUGAAGUUGAAUGAUGUAGCACUAAAGCUACUGUAUCAUGAAGAGCGACUAUAUGCUGCUUUGGCUAAUGGUACUCUUACUGUAUUGGAGGUAUGUUUUUUUUAAGUUUUCUGAUCCCUUUUCCUCCUCCCUCUUAUCGCUCUUUAAUCUGUUUAACGUGAGUACUGUAACAGUCAGCAUACAGUACUUCUUUUGUGUAAAAACUGAAUUUAGAACGUGUUUGUCAAAAGACCUACGUGCCUUGACUUGUAUCACAUUCCAAUCGCUGCUGCACCAAUUACAGAUGCUAUCAUGGACGAGGAAUGUUUAUAUCUUGCUGUAGCAUGCAAAGUUGUCAUUCUGAAUAGGGAGUACGUUAUGUUAAAUUUUACUUUAUAUUUUAGCAUAUUUUUGUAACAAACGGCAAAAACUUUAUUACAAAACAAAAAAUGGCAAGAACUUUCUUUACAAAACAAAAAUUUUAAAAAAAUUUUACAUUUUAAUUUUAGUUCUUUGUCUACCAUCAGUAACAUGUAUGUAGCCUCAUCUGCAUGUGGAAGUCACGUGCCAAUGUUCGAGAAGAUUCGAGCUUUUGCUGAUUCACCGUACGGUAUCUGGUUGAUUACAGCACAUUCGUCGUUGAUACAAUUGUGGUUGGAGUCGGAAUGUCAAAUGUUGUUUGACAUUACUUAUGACCAUAGCCAAAGGUAAUUCUUCUUUAAUUUUUUAUUUUAUUUGAUUCCACGGUGCAAAAAGAUAGAAACAUUGCACCGUGCAGUUCAAAAAACUUUUUAAAAAAAUUUUAAAAGAAUUUUAAGUUUAAAAAUUCAAAUUUUUCAGUUCCCGCCGACCCAGCUUUGACGAAUACGACCAGCUGGAGCCGGUCGAAGUCUACUCCAUAAUGUUUCACCAAAACGAGUUGUGGAUCGGCACGGUGGACGGCUACUUGAUGCUCUACACCGUGAGUCAAGUCGAAGAUUCGUGGGAACGAAAAGGAUCUCUAAAUAAAAAGUCAUCGCGACUAUACGAACGAUAUCCACCUGGAAAACGAUUGUCUCCAGUUCAAAACAAUGUUCAUGAGAUGCCAUUCAUGAGACAAACCAUGUAUUAUAUACCGACGGACAAGGAGAGACUGUUGGAAGAGAUUGCUAGUGCUAAAGAGUACCCAGAGAGCGAAAGACAAACCAGGAAGAUCUCUGUUAUUAUUGAUCCUUCAACCAAGCAGUACAAAGGUAGGGUAGAGGGAGGUAUGGUAGGGUAGGGUAGGAUAGGGUAGGGUAUGCUAGGGUAGGGUAAUGUAAGGUAGAGUAACUUAGAUCAGGGUAUUGCUGAAUGAAAGCAUACAAUUUCUGAUUUUAAAAUUUUUUACAUUGGAAAAAUUUUUCAGUAAACGUCGAAGACGUUCGUCAAAUCAGCGCCGAAUCUCACUCUGAAACCUCAUCUAAUAUGAAUUCACUGUCUCCAAAGAGCGCCACAUCAUCCUCAAUGUCGCCCGGGCUCGAUUCUUCCAUUAUCAAUGAUAAGCCAAGGUAAGUUGUAAUAAAAUAUGAAAUUUUUUGUGAUACAGUAUCAUGAAGUAAAGUUAUUUUAACUCUAUAACUUCAUUGUUUGAGUUUAUUGCACGGUGCAGUCUAAUAAAUGAGUGCACAGUGCAGACUUUUUGAAUUUUUAUUUUUAAAAAUUAUAAAAAAUUUUAAUUUUUAGAAGAAAGGGGAAGUUAUGCAAAGGCUACAGUAUUGAUUCGGCCGUUUCACUGCGUUCUGUCGACAAUACCAAAUAUCAAACAGGUAAAUGUUAUUGUCUUAGGUAUAAGCUGACCUUUUAAGGCUAAAAAACUUGAAUAUAACGCUUUUUUUGUUUCUAGCAUGUGAAGUAAUACCCGAAACAUCAUCAGACACAAACAUGAAGUCAACCGAAGAUUCAUUGUCAGAUUGCCGCAAAAGGAAGCCAUUAAGGCAACGAAGGAAUCCAAAUGCGGAAUAUCUGAGUUGUUGGACGGGAGAAGGGUCAAUGGAAUAUGAUGACACAUUUGAUCUGUAUUCUGAAGUCGAUGGUGAGAAUCUUGGUAAUUUUCAUUUUUUUUAGGCUUGGUCUGUUGAGAAUUCAUUACGUCUAAGCUUAGUAGGCUUAGGAUUAGUAGGCUUAGGCUUAGUAGGCUUAGGCUUAAUAGGCUUAGGCUCAGUAGGCAUAGGCUUAGUAGGCUUAGGUAUAGUAGGCUUAAUAGGCUUUUGCUUGGGCUUACAAGUCUUAGUAGGCUCAGCCGGAGCAUGUUUAGGCUUAUGCUUUUUAAAUUUGAAUAAAGAUUUAAAAUUUCAGACGUACUGAAAAACGAAAUCGGCCUAUUAGAAGAAUCAUUGGCCAGAAACUCACCAUCAAUCAACAAAUCCAUACAAAUUCCAGUUCGAAAAAUGAGUUCAAAAAUCUUUGGAAAGUACCGGUCGUUGACAAUCGACGAAAACAGAAGUGAUACUGACAAUGCGAGUCAGAGCAGUGAUUCUGUCAGUCAACGGUCGGUUUCCUCAGCCGAUUCCACCGCCCGGAACCGGGUUUUGCAACGAUUAUUGAGUGAAAGAUUGGAAAAACAGAAACUGAAGCUCCGACGACGGGAUUUGGACAUUCAAAGCAAGUUGUUGAUGGUUUUUACUGCAUUCAGUAGACUUAUUUUAGCUUACUAGUUAGUAUUAUGGGCUAUGUUUAAACACAGAGAGCUACAUUUAUAUUUCUAACGUGUGUAAACGUUUUGAGGUUUCACAAAGCAUAUUCCAGCAAACGCAGCCAUGUUGGUAGCCCUAACAGAAAGUCAAGAAAUCGAUCCAAACUUAACAUUGACAACUUCAAUCAACCCAACAGAACCUUCAACAUCGUCUUUGCCAGAUACUGCUGCCAAAUUGAAUGCGACUAAGGCUAAAAUACUGUCGAGGAAGUGCUCGGCCAUCUAUCAAGAUAACGAGCACGAAGAACCGUUGGCCGAAAAGCCGGUACGGUACUCGAUUAAAAUGCAAUUGAUGAUGAAGUUGAAAGUGUCGGACAAGCCGUUGAAGUGCAUUACGCUAACUGAGUAGGUUUAUAUUGGGUUGGGGUUUUUAGUGGAAAUUAGGAUUUUUUUAAAUUUUAAUUAAUAAGUUGGGAUUUUUUUAAUUUUAGGUAAUAAAUUCGAUUUUUUAAUGAUUUUGCAUUGGAUAUUAGUAUUUUUUGGAAUUUUAUUUAGGUAACAAAUUUGAGUUUUUUGCAAAUUUUGCGUUUAAAAAGCGGAUUAUUUGAAAUGUAGGUAAUAAAUUAGAUUUUGUUGUAGUUUUGCGUUUGAAAGAAUUUUUUUGAAUUUUAGGUAACAAAUUUUGAUUUUUUCGGAGAUUUUGCGUUUGAAAUGAGGAUUUAGAUUACAGAUUUGAUUUUUUUUGCAUAUUUUGCAUUGAAAAUGAGGAUUUGUUAAAAUUUAGGUAACAAAUUUAAUUUUUUAACGGAUUUUGCGUUAAAAAUGCGGAUUUUUUGAAAUUUUAGGUAACUAAUUAAUAUUUUUUUAUCAAUUUUGCGUUUGAAAUGAGGAUUUUUUGAAUUUUAGGUAAUAAAUUGGUUUGUUUUAAGUUUUUUAUUGGAAUUAAAAUUAUUUGUUUUUAGUUUCAACGGUGAACCAAUGGUAAUAACCGGAGCCGGCAACUACGGCGACGAAGAAGCUAUUUUGCGGUGGCGACGCGACAAAGUCAGUGUAAGUGAAAUUUGUGAAGGUUUUAAAAGUUUUUUGGUUUUUCACAUUAGAAUUUAUGGACUUUAAAUUUCAAAAACUUCAAAUUCAAAGUUAAAAUUAAAAUUUUAGGGCCUCUGGAUCAACGACCCAUUGGCCGAUGCCCAAAUGUCGGGCCGUCGUCGCACGACGAUGACAGCAAACGGUCGUCUGACCAAAAAGUAG